AUGACGAGAGACGGCCAGAGAGAGGAAGAGAAGAGGAAGGGAUCGGAGCCCAAGGGGGCGCCGAGCGGUGGCGGCGGCGGCGAUGGCAUCUCCUCCUCCUUAGCGUCGCGUCCGCUCCAUCGUCGGAAGCUGAGAAACGAUACGAGCAGCUCUAGUGAUGCGGCGGCGCAGCUCGGAGACAGACCGAGGCGGCGGCGCGGGAUCGAGGGAGGAAGUGGGAGCGGCGGGAGUGAUGCGGCGGAAGGCGGAAACUUGGGCGCCGAAAAGCCGGCGCGGUCCGGUGUGGAAGAGGAGGAGGUGCUCCUAAGCGGCGACGGCGGCGAUGCCGGCAUCGCGUUGAGGAGCAAAGAGGAAUCGGAGAGUAAAUUGAGAGCGAGGGGUGGGCGACAGGUGAUGAGGCGAUCGAGCAUGGUGGUGAAGCAAGUGAUCAGCAUCGAAUCUGCUCUUGGCUUGGGGUUCGUCUCUCAGCUCUGGGUGGAUACCCUCUCGGUAGGUGAUGUUGUGCUUGUUGAGAAUGAGAGGGUAAUGGAGAAUGAGUUGAAAAUGGUGGGGCUAGAGACAUUGGUAGGGUAUGAAGUUGUGACUCCUGGCAGAAGAAGUAUUGGUAAGGUAUAA